AUGGUGAUAGCUUGUAUUACAAAACAGGUAUCACAGUCAGAGUACGAGCACUGCACAUCACUUGAACCUGUGAAAGUAUUCCAUAGCAGCCCAGUGAUCAUUCCAUUGAAGGAAAAAGGCGUGUACUUCUUCACAUGCAGCAUCUUAAACUACUGUUGUUUAGGCCAGAAAAUUAUCAUUUCUGUCCAUGAAAAUUCCCCACAAAACCCUCCAACACCAUCACCACCAAUUUCACAAGUACCAUCAAUCUCUCCACAAUCAUCACCACCACCACUUGGCAUGAGUAACCCUCCAAGCAAUAUGCCUAAUGGCACUGAUGGUGGGAACUCUCCCGUGCCAGCUUCCACUCAUGAAGGGGAGAAGUCUAAUGCAGUGGCAUUGAUGUGCAGGACAAGUUUCAUGAGGGGACUCUCAUCUUUGCUUGCUACUUUCUUGGGAUUUUGGGUUGUGUAG